CUUCAGUCUGCUCAGACUCGGCUCCGGCGCUGCUGCUCCGAUCAGACGGGAAGGGACACUCCGGCAUCCUCCCAUCCUCCAUCCUCCCAUCCUCCCAUCCUCCCGCCCGCCUCAUCAUCCUCCUCUCCUCCACCUGCACACCACGCAAAAAAAUCUUGUUCCACUGGCAGAUUUUUCUACUUAUUUUAAGUGAAAAUCUACUUGAAACAGGUGAGUGAACCUGCAUCAUCAUGACUGAACGUUACGACUGCCACUACUGCAAGGAGUCCCUGUUCGGGAAGAAGUACGUGCUGCGGGAGGAGAACCCGUACUGCGUCAAGUGCUACGAGAGCCUGUACUCCAACACCUGCGAGGACUGCAAGAAGCCCAUCGGCUGCAGCACCAGAGAUCUGUCCUACAAGGACCGGCACUGGCAUGAGGAUUGCUUCAAGUGCUUCCAGUGCAAGUGCUCCCUGGUGGACAAGCCCUUCUCCACCAAGGACGAGCAGCUGCUCUGCACCGAGUGCUACUCCAACGAGUAUUCCUCCAAGUGCCACGAGUGCAAGGCCACCAUCAUGCCAGGCUCCAGGAAGAUGGAGCACAAGGGGAACAGCUGGCACGAGACCUGCUUCACCUGCCACCGCUGCCAGCAGCCCAUCGGCACCAAGAGCUUCAUCCCCAAGGACAACCACAACUUCUGCGUGCCCUGCUACGAGAAGCAGUUCGCCAUGCAGUGCGUGCACUGCAAGAAGCCCAUCACCACCGGCGGCGUGACCUACCGCGACCAGCCGUGGCACAAGGACUGCUUCCUGUGCACCAGCUGCAAGCAGCAGCUGUCGGGCCAGCGCUUCACCUCCAGGGACGACUUCGCCUACUGCCUGAACUGCUUCUGCAACCUCUACGCCAAGAAGUGCGCAUCCUGCACCACCCCCAUCAGCGGUCUGGGCGGGAGCAAGUACAUCUCCUUCGAGGAGCGCCAGUGGCACAACGACUGCUUCAACUGCAAGAAGUGCUCCGUGUCCCUGGUGGGCCGCGGCUUCCUCACCGAGCGCGACGACAUCCUCUGCCCCGAGUGCGGCAAGGACAUCUGACCCGUCUGACCCGGCCGAGGACGGAUACAGGAAAUACUAUCACAGCACAGAGUAUAGCAUCUAUAGUAGUUUUAGGAAGUACUUUUAUUUAUGAUAUGGAUUACAAGCUAAUAAUUAGAAUCUAUUUGAUUUAUUCAAGUUGCAUGUAAACUCUUAAUUCGUUACUAAUACUGGGAGGUUAUGAAACGGGGGGGUUGAUACCGCAGAAUAUCCGCUAGGUUGACUUAUGGCGCUUUUCCACUAGUACCGUAUUUUCCGCACUAUAAGGCUUUCUCAAAAACCGGCAGUGCGCCUUAUAAUGCAGUGCGCCUUAUAUAUGAUCAUUACGGUAAUUUCUGUUACUGUAGUCAGGGGGAUUGUGGGUAAUGUAGUUGGUGUCGCCAAAGUAACGGUGCUAAAAACGUCAGGAAUCGUCACAGACGUUCAAGACAACAGCAGCAACGCAGACUCGCAUAAUGGCGACUUUGACGAGACGGAGAAAAGCUGGUUUUUAUUUUGUUAAUAAAGUUUGACAUACGGUACUUUUCUUCUUGUUUUUUUUUUGCAUUUGCUGUAGGAUUUUGUAGCAUUUCCUGUAGCGCAUCUCCAUCAGAUAGAUACGUAACUCAACCCCAGCCACUAUAGUACGGUAUUUUACCAGAUAUUUAGUGCGCCUUAUAAUGCGGUGCGCCUUAUAUAUGGAAAAAAGUUUUAAAAUGUAUCAUUUAUUGAAGGUGCGUCUUAUAGUGCGGAAAAUACAGUACCUACUCGGCUCGACUCAACUCAGCCAAGUUUCUUUUCCACUACAAUCCAGCAUCUGGAGAAGUAGGAGGUUGGAGAAGCUGCUGUGACGUAUUUGAUUGUGUGAUCUAAAUGAAGAAGACAACAACACUAAGAUGUAGAACCUGGAGGAGAUGAUAGAUGUGCUGCUGGGUCUGUGGCUUGUGUUCCAUAUCAAGUUAAAAAAUGAGAGUGAGAGAAGCUUCAAGCAGCAACGCUUUUGAAUGUUUUUCAGUUUGUCUCAGCGCUGCUGAAAAGUCCGUUGGUAGCUGAGGAGCUAUGAAGAGACAGAGCUCCUGGUAAAUCUGGUCGUUCCUUAUAUCCGUCUAGAUCUCUUUUUAAUUCUCUCCUCAGCACCAGGUUUAUGAACAUCUGCACCUCAGAGUUGGAUCACCAAUCAGACUUCUGCUGCCGUUGCUGCUGGAAUCAAAUGAACAAGAAUCUCCGUCAGAGUCUCUUUCUCUGAUCUCACAUCCUGACUCAGACGUCUGACUCCAACCCCCCGACCAAUCGGUGGCCUGUAGUGUGAUGACAUCACAGCCCGACUCAGCCGCUUAGAACCUCGGCAGAAUAGAUGCAGAAAAAGUAUCUACCGUAUUUUCUGGACUAUAAGCCGCACCUGAAUAUAAGCUGCAUCCACUCUAUUUAAAAAAAAAAGAUAUGCAAGCCGCAUAUAUUUAUGUUGUUAGAUUAGAUAUUUACUACAUGUACAGAACGAUUUUGAACUGUAAAUGAUGUACAUGUUUGUACCUAAAUAUAUCCUUUUAACACGGCAGCAACUUUGCUGAUUAAAACGGGACAGAGCCAAGAGAAAAUAACCGGUAUUUAUUUAUCUAUUUAUCUGUUUGAAAUCUGCUUCUACUUCUAUCUGCUAAAGAAGAAGUAGCGUAUUCUUCUUUGCAUUUAUUUUGUCUUAGUUUUGAUUAAAGCGCCCCGAGCGGUGGAAGAAAAAUCCACAGAAUAGCUGCACCUUUGUAUAAGCUGCAUGGUUGAAAACCUAUGGAAAAAGUAGCAGCUUAUAGUCCAGAAAAUAUGGUAAAAUACGGUACUUGGAACGUUAGACCCCUAGUGGAAAAGCGCAAAACCAAGGCGAAGCGAGUCUAGUCGGGCUGAGUAGGUACUAGUGGAAAAGCUCCAUUAUUUGGUGGUGAAUUAGGUCGAGUUCUUCUGCAAAAGGUUCAAAGUGACUUAUGCUCCAAACGGAGAAAGAAAAAUGUCGUUUUCUUACAGCAGCUACAUCCUAAAGCAGGAAUAGACGCGUCUACACCAUCACACGGCGCUGUGGGGGGUCAGAGGUCGCGCCCCGCCGGAUCAUAACGCAUGCCUGAGAUGACUUUUGUUUUGCGCUCGCCAGUGAUUCUCACCCGGGGGUCCGCGGACCCCUAGUGGUCCGUGGUGUAUUUGCAAGGGGUCCGUGGGUCUGUGAUAAUUUCUUUUUUUUUUUUCUUAAAGAUUCACUAACAUUUAUAGAAAUAGAUUAUUUUACUCAAAUGUGACUGAGACCUUUAUCUAACUAAAUGACCUUCUUUUUCUCUUUCAAAAGUGUAUUUCAUUGUAUUUUAAUAAGAAAUCUUGAACCUG